UUCAGCUAAAACACAUUUUGAAAAUUCAAAACUCUUUGAAGCUUCAAAAUUCAAUGGCAUCACCGGACACCGACGUGCCUAUGGUUCCCGCCGGCGAGGGUUCAACCGGCGUUGGAUCGUCUACUAAAAAGCCCAAGCGAUUCGAAAUCAAAAAGUGGAAUGCUGUUGCUCUCUGGGCUUGGGAUAUUGUGGUAGAUAAUUGUGCAAUCUGUAGGAAUCACAUCAUGGAUCUGUGUAUCGAGUGUCAAGCUAAUCAAGCUAGCGCGACAAGUGAGGAAUGCACAGUUGCUUGGGGUGUUUGCAACCAUGCAUUCCACUUCCAUUGCAUUAGUCGGUGGCUCAAGACUCGUCAAGUGUGUCCACUUGAUAACAGCGAGUGGGAGUUUCAGAAGUAUGGUCACUAGAAUUUACUGUUGUUGUACAGUGAAUGGGAGUUUGAGAAGUGUUGUCUGUUGGAUUGAAGUCCCUGUCCUCUCUCUGCUAUCAUCGACAUUGAAAAGAACGAUUAUAACUACUUAUAUUCCUUCGAUUAUUGUUCUUCAAAUAUGAAAAUCAAGGACUCAAAACUUUGUUUUUGGUCUCAUCUGUCAUAGGUUGCCUAGAAAGAAAUGAAAUGUAAUUGGAGAUUCCAUAUCUUAUGCUAAUUCUUGUAGAGAGAAUCAUAUUCUUGUUGAGGAAUGUGACAAUGAGUAGUAUUGGUCAUUCUCCUUUA